AUGGCCACCGCGGCGCCCGAGUCUAUCAGUAUAACUAGAACUAGCAACGCUGACGGUCCGAGGAGAUCUAGAAAGCGGGCACGGGGGGACUCGAGCCUUCUAGCGCAGGAUACAUCGUCGUCCGAGGACCAGAAUGUCAAGCGGGGAACAGGCGAGCUUCAACCCCACGAGACCUUCUGGUAUGAGGAUGGCAACAUCAUACUCACCGCCGGGGGCGUUGCCUUCCGCGUGCACAACAGUAUAAUCUCCAGACAGUCCGAUAAGCUGCGCGGUAUUUUAGAGUCUGCAUCGGCGGAGAAAAUGGACGGGCUUCGUGUUUUUCAGUUGCCUGAUACAGCGGACGACGUUUCCGCAUGGAUAUUUUUCAUGGGCGAUAUAGCCAUCAAAUUCUCACUUGUUGCAUCCCUUCUUCGGAUCGGACAUCGAUACGAAAUCCAAGAUCUUCUCGACUAUGGCAAACGUCGUCUACAAGAAUGUUACCCGAACACUUACGAUGAAUGGUUUUGUGCGCCAGAUAUCAAUCCUUCGAAAAGUGCCAUCGUCGCUCUCAUUUUGGCACGCAAGAUCGGCUUGACCACUGUCCUUCCAGCAUUGUUUUACGACUGCUGUACCGAGUCGGAUUUGGACGUCAUACUUUCAGGUGUGCGUCGUGCAGAUGGAACGUUGGAUAUGCUGUCACGGGAUGACAUGCAGGCUUGUCUCAAAGCCCGGGAUCGACUUAUAAAGGAGAACAAGACAGUGUCCGCUUUUCUGUGGACGCUGAAGUGCAGCCCGAGGUGUAAGACUAAACAGGAAUGCAGAGAAAAAUUCCGAGAGAUCCUGGAGCUCGCGCAUUCAGUGGGUUCAUUCAGCUCACCAGCGAUCCUAAGGCUGCCCAUGGCUGAGGAACCGCCAGCAAACCGACUUUGCAGCGAAUGUGUUCAUAUGUUCAAGAAGGAGAGGUAUGCUGCCGCUCAACACGCAUUUCUCAAUCUGCCGAAGUAUAUGGGUAUUGACGCGGGGGACUGGGGAAAAUGA